AUGGCGGGUUUUCACGGCUCCGAUCCCGAAUCCGACAAAAACCACCGUUUAUACAAUCCUUACCAGAACCACGAGCUUCCGAUCUCAGCUCAGUACCUUUACAAGCUCCCUACUUCACCGGAAUUUCUCUUCACGGAAGAAUCCCUGAAACAGCGUCGAUCAUGGGGAGAGAAUCUCACGUUCUACACAGGUACGGGUUAUCUCGGUGGUUCUGUAGCCGGAGCUACAGCUGGGGUCUUCAAAGGGAUCAAGAGCUUCGAAUACGGAGACACGUUUAAGCUGAAAAUCAACAGGAUCCUGAAUUCGUCUGGUCAAACGGGUCGAGCUUGGGGUAAUAGGAUUGGGAUUGUUGGGUUGAUCUACGCAGGGAUUGAGAGUGGCGUUGUGUCGUACACGGACAGGGACGAUGUUUGGACCAGCGUUAUCUCUGGUCUAGGAACCGGAGCUGUCUUUAGGGCAGCGCGAGGUGUGAGAUCUGCGGCUGUGGCUGGUGCUCUUGGAGGAAUGGCGGCUGGUGCGGUUGUGGCUGGGAAGCACGUUUUCAAGCGGUAUGUUCACAUAUGA